AUGUCCACUCCGCACAGCAACGACUUCCACAUGCUCUGGAAAUACGCCAGAUCCGGAGACGAAGUCAAAGUCCGACAGCUGAUUGAGGAAUCUGCUGCCGUGGCGCGUAAUCUGAUAAACCUCAAGCAUCACCGCAAAGGUACUACGCCCCUCAUGGAAGCCGCAGCGUACCGUUGCAACGAGCCAAUUGUAUCGGAGCUCAUUGCAUCCGGUGCCGAUGUGAAUGAAGUCGACGACACGAAACUCAAGAACACGGCACUGCACUAUGCCGCGAAGACCAACCGAGACCCGCUGGUUGUCGAAACGUUAUUGGAGGCAGGCGCUGAUCCUUAUGCCGUCAACCGCAAGGGCUUUACGCCGCUGGACAUUGCUCGUCAAAAACGUCGAAAAGCUGUUGGUGCUGUGCUCCUGAACUACAUGAAGGUCCACGCCGGGUGGCUGUUUCUUCGCGGCAAGUUCCGCUGGAACAAGCGCUGGGGCGUUGUCGUGGCCUGCAACAAGCAGCGCACUUCUACGGAGCUCUGCAUCUUCCGUCAACCAGGCGACCUUCGCCCCCUCGUGGUUAUGCUCAUUGACGAAGCUGCACGGAUGACGCAAUUUCCGUCUACGGACAGUUACUCGUGGCUUCAACGUAACUACGCGUUUGUCUUUGACAAGCCCGUCAUGUGCCACCGCGUGAAGCGAGAGAAGUUCACGCGCUCACCGAUAUGCAAAAAGACAAUGAGUCUUGACGACGUUCGGACGCUCCACUAUGUGUUUGCUGCCGACAGCUUGAAUAAUCUCAACCAGUGGCGUCGCGUGCUUCAGAGUUCCAACUUUGACCCACUCGAGGGUUGCUCGUCCAUGAACCGGUCGUCGCUUGUCGAGGCUCAGAACGGCGAGCUGUACUACUGGCCGCAAGAGCUGGUCGAAAACCUGCGCUCGACAGUGUUGCGCGAACAGGAACUGCAGCGACAAGGAUCGAUCGACGCACAAAAGCAGCAGCUCGGUGCCACACCGGAUCAGCGCAGCACUGUUGCAACUACCGGUGUUCCUGAUCCACUAGCUAGCGCGCAACCAGUGCAGCCGUCGACUGUGUACAGGAUGCCGGACGACGAAGCGUCACCGAACUCACUCGUGCAAGGUUCUGCCGGUCAAACAGCUGAUCGGUCUUCAGCAGUACACUUUGCGUCCCCUCACGCGGUGGACCGCAACGCGGUAUCUCCAGUGGCGGUCCAACAGCCGUUCAACGAUGAGCCUCGUCGCACCAGCUCAAGCGCCAGCAUCGUCAGCGGGGAAGGGCCCGAAUCCACCGACCCCGAGUUUGCACCUGGAAUGGUGUUUCUGCCCGGCAGCAAAGUACCUCAGCAGCAUUCACAUCCGAGCAAGAACGAAGUCGGGCAGGACGAAGAGGCCGAUCGUCGGAACGACUUAGCCGGACAGCUACUGUAG